CAUAAACAAAACUCAAAAGUGGCAGAAAUCUAUAGAGAAGUUCAAAAUCACGAAGAAAUCUUCAUAAAAUUAGUUUUAAUUCAUUAAAAUGGCAAAAAUGAACGUUUGUCGAAUAUGUUUAACCGAGGCAGUCGAAAGAGACAUCACACAACUAUCAGAAGAACUGAAAGGGGACAAGAAAAGUUACUGGGACAUAAUGUUGUUUUGCUUGAAUAUUCAGGUUUCACCAGACUCAAAAGUAACAACAAAGUUGUGUGAUAAAUGCUUCAUUAAAAUAAUAUCAUUCCACGAAUUCAAGACACUGGCACUAAAAAAUGAUGCAUAUUUACGAAGUCAUCAAAAUGAAGAGGAUUCUAAAAUUGAGGUGAUUGAUAUGGACAAUAUAAAAUGUGAGGAAAUGAGCAACGGAUAUUCUGAUGAUGGGUAUGAUAUGGACUCGCUUACCAAGAUAGAGUUUGAUAUUAAAAAUGAAAAUAGUAUAGAUGAUGUGCCAUCAGAUGAGGAACUACUUAGCGUUAUAAAGAAAAUAAAAUAUGAGUAUAGCACUGAAGACUGUAAAGAAAAUAAAGGAUCCCGUCCCAAAAAGAAAUGUAAAGGUAGAAAAAAAGUAAAAGUAAAAAAAAAACGUUGUAAAGAACCAGAACAACGAGAGAAGAUAUGCGAAGAGUGCGGUAAAACUGUUGUGAACUUGGUUGAACAUAUGCAGUUGCAUCGGCCUAAGGGGGAACGGACGAGGAUAAAGUGUAAAGUCUGUGAUAAAACAUUUGCGUCAUACAGUGCUCGCUAUAGACACAACAAAGUUAAACAUUUGGGAAUUAAGGAACACUGUAAUGAAUGUGGUAAAAAGGUUGUAAAUCUACGUAGUCACAAACUCACUAUGCACAACACUGGCAACUUGCCGUAUGUGUGUGUGCCGUGUGGACAGCGCUUCAUCUCGAAGGCGAAGAGAGACUUGCACAUGCUCCGACACACAAAGGAUCGCCCGUUCGCGUGCGAUAUGUGCGACAAGGACUUCAAACACAACAUUGCCUUGUUGUCACACAAACGGCAAGUACACGAUAAAGAGAAGACGCAUAUGUGUCAAGUUUGCUCAAAAAGGUUCUUCAAGAAAUAUCAUUUACAAGUCCAUUUAAGGAGUCAUACUAAAGAGAAGCCGUACUCAUGCCCGGAAUGCAACAAGUGCUUCAGCUCCACCACCAUACUGAGGAACCACCGCCUCAUCCACAGCGACACGAGGGACUUCCGCUGUGAACUGUGCGACAUGGCCUUCAAGAAACCUGGGUACCUCCGCAUCCACAUGAUAAGCCACACGAAGGAAAAGCGCUACGCAUGCGCGUACUGCGCUGUGGCCUUCGGCCGCUCCGACCACCGCAAGCGCCACGAGCGCACCGCGCACCAGCGCCCCUUCCUCGACGCGUCCACGCAACUCAACGAGCUGUCCAUUCCGCAAAAGCAAGAGAGCGCAUCAAACUAACUGUAACAUCCACAAACCAACACCUCAACGCAACUACACGUCAAUUCGGAAACUCGUAAACGCUUUCAAGUUAUCAGUAAGUUGUCAAGCGCUCCGACCACCGCAAGCGCCACGAGCGCACCGCGCACCAACGCCCCUUCCUCGACGCGUCCACGCAACUCAACGAGCUGUCCAUUCCGCAAAAGCAAGAGAGCGCAUCAAACUAACUGUAACAUCCACAAACCAACACCUCAACGCAACUACACGUCAAUUCGGAAACUCGUAAACGCUUUCAAGUUAACAGUAAGUUGUCAAGCGCUCCGACCACCGCAAGCGCCACGAACGCACCAGCGCCCCGUCCUCGACGCAACUAAAGGAGCUGUCUACUCCAAAGCAAGAGAGCGCACCAAACUAACUGUAAAAUUGGACUUUUACAAUAUGGGUAUCUUUAAAACUUUACUAUACCUGGGUGUCAUAAUAAUUUAAUCAUCAUCACAAACAAAUGAAUUUUCUUUCUUUUAUUUUAAUAAUAUAUGUAUAGUUAGGUAUUCCUCGAGUCGGUUAGCACAAAGUUAUAUUAAAACAUUGAUGUAUUAUAUUAAUUUAAUGGGUUAUGGACCAAAUAUUUGUAAAUUA